CAAGCUGGCGCCUGAGUCCAGACGCUGCGACCCGGGACCCUGAGGGCGGCGGCUUAGCCUGUGUACGCCACAGCGGUGUCCUCCCGCGUUUUGCAGCCGCCGCCGCCGCCUUCCUGGACAAUGAUGACCCGCCUGCUGCUGCGCGUCUGGCCCCGGGGCCCUGCCCUUGGCCCUGGAGUCCCCUGCCGACCCUUCAGCGGCGGCUCCGGGCCCAGCCAGUACCUGCAGUGCAGCAUCGUGCCCACCAUGCACUACCAGGACAGCCUGCCCAGGCUGCCUAUUCCCAAACUUGAAGACACCAUUAGGAGAUAUCUCAGUGCGCAGAAGCCCCUCUUGGAUGAUGGUCAGUUCAGGAAAACAGAACAGUUUUGCAAGAGUUUUGAAAAUGGGAGUGGAAAAGAACUGCAUGCGGAACUGGUUGCCCAGGACAAGAAGAAUAAACAUACCAGCUACAUUUCAGGUCCCUGGUUUGAUAUGUACUUAACUGCUCGAGACUCCGUUGUCCUGAACUUUAAUCCAUUUAUGGCAUUCAAACCUGACCCAAAGUCCGAGUAUAAUGACCAGCUCACGCGGGCGACCAACAUGACCGUGUCUGCCGUCCGGUUUCUGAAGACACUCCGGGCCGGCCUUCUGGAGCCAGAAGUGUUCCACUUGAACCCUGCCAAAAGUGACACUGAUACCUUCAAGAGACUCAUACGCCUUGUGCCUCCCUUUCUGUCCUGGUAUGGUGCCUACAUGGUCAGUGCAUAUCCUCUGGAUAUGUCCCAGUAUUUUCGGCUCUUCAAUUCAACUCGUGUACCCAAACUUGGUAGGGAUGAGCUCUUCACUGAUGACAAAGCCAGACACCUCCUGGUCUUAAGAAAAGGGCACUUCUAUGUCUUUGACGUCCUGGAUAAAGAUGGGAACAUUGUGAGUGCCUCGGAAAUCAAGGCUAACCUGAAGUACAUUCUCUCAGACGACAGGCCUGCUCCCCAGUUUCCUCUGACACAUCUGACCAGUGAGAACCGAGACGUCUGGGCAGAGCUCAGGCAGAAGCUGGUGAGCGACGGCAAUGCAGAGGCCCUGAGGAAAGUGGACUCUGCUGUGUUCUGCCUCUGCCUAGAUGACUUCCCCAUUAAGGACCUUGUCCACUUGUCCCACAACAUGCUGCAUGGUGAUGGCACAAACCGCUGGUUUGAUAAAUCCUUUAACCUCAUUAUAGCCCAGGAUGGCACUGCUGCUGUCCACUUUGAGCAUGCUUGGGGUGAUGGUGUUGCGGUGCUCAGGUUUUUUAAUGAAGUGUUUAAAGACAGCACUCAGAACCCUGCCAUCAUGCCACAGAGCCACCCGGUUGCCACAGACUCUUCUGUCGCUGUGCAGAAACUCAGCUUCAAGCUGAGUGAUGCCUUGAAGACUGGCAUCGCCACUGCUAAGAGAAAGUUCGAUGAAACCAUGAAAACCCUCACCAUCGACUGCAUCCAGUUUCAGAGAGGAGGCAAAGAGUUCCUAAAGAAGCAGAAGCUGAGCCCUGACGCCGUGGCCCAGCUGGCCUUCCAGAUGGCCUUCCUGCGACAGUACGGGAAGACCGUGGCCACCUACGAGUCCUGCAGCACAGCAGCGUUCAAGCACGGCCGCACUGAGACCAUCCGCCCGGCCUCCAUCUUCACAAUGAGGUGUUCUGAAGCCUUUGUCAGGGAGUCCUCCAAGCACAGUGCUGGAGAGCUUCAGCAGCUGAUGGCUGAGUGCUCCAAGUACCACGGCCAGCUGACCAAAGAAGCUGCAAUGGGCCAGGGCUUUGACCGACACUUGUUUGCUCUGCGGUACCUGGCAGCAGCCAAAGGGAUCCCCCUGCCCGAGCUAUAUCUGGACCCUGCAUAUGGGAAGAUAAACCACAACAUCCUGUCCACGAGCACGCUCAGCAGCCCAGCGGUGAACCUUGGCGGUUUUGCUCCCGUGGUCCCUGAUGGCUUUGGCAUUGGGUAUGCGGUUCACGACAACUGGAUAGGCUGCAAUGUCUCCUCCUACCCAGGCCGGAAUGCCCACGAGUUUCUACGCUGUGUGGAGAAGGCCUUAGAUGACAUGUUUGAUGCCUUAGAAGGCAAAUCCAUCAAAACUUAGCAUCUGGGUAGGUGAGACGCCCCGGUCACUUCCUUAUGAAAACCGGGGCCUGUGUAGCCAGUAGGUGCUCUCCUGUGACUAAUGAACCUAGUCAUGAGGUGCCUGAGCAGGUUAUGCUGCAAGGCCUGGCCUUUAAAAUGAUGGUUUUAAACCUAAACCUGUCAUUUCUGGGUGGGACCAGAUCACAGGUAAAGAUCUAUUUUAAGGACGUUUGAUCAGAAGACAUUUGAAAAAAUAACUCAGGUGUAUUUAUUGUUUAAGCAGAAAUAAAAUUUAAUUGUUGCA